AUGGAACGCAAGACACAGUUCGCACCACCUCCAGUGCGUAUAAUUGCCUUAGGUGACAAGCUGCCACCCCCGAGGCGGCCUCCGUCUAAUGAAGGGUCAGACUCGGAAUCUGUUGAUGACGAAGAAGCUCAAUCAAAAGGGGUUCGUGCGGGAGAACUCCCUGAUGCAUCUCAUUCGUCCCGCCGUCCCCCGCUUCCUGGUCGUUUAGAAUUUGCACGAGCACGGAUUCCCGUCACAGCGCAUACAGGCAUCAUCGCUGUUGCUGGUGCAUAUGUAGUCACCGCUCAUCAUCACGUAAAAGUUUAUGAUUUGGCUCGUUCUCAAUCACUCCUGUAUAAUAUUGACCUGAAAGAGGCUGGUUUUGAGUGGCGAGGUAAAGAUCCUCGAGUGACAAGCAUGGAAUUCAGACCAGCAGGGGUCGAUGAAGAACGUGGGCGUUUCGUAUGGAUCGGCACGAAGGAUGGCACUAUCUGGGAACUGGACGUUCAGAGUGGUCAAGUCACGACGCUUCGCUAUGCUGCGCAUGCUGCUGCAGUCACGCAUAUAUUCAGACACGGACUUAACAUGGUUUCACUCGACGAGAACGGAAAAGUGCUUGUAUUCUCGCCAGAUCCAGAAACCAGUGUCUGUGCUGGAAUGCUCACCAACUCUUCUCCACGUGUAGUGCGCAUCACGGAAAAGCAAGGAUUCGCGAAGAUUUUGGGUGGUCUUCUCUGGACCUCCGGUGGACCGGGUUCAUCCGGGGCUGCGCAAGUGAACGGGGCUGGAACGUCAGCACGCGGACCUGUCGUGCGUGUCUACAACAUCUUGGCACAUUCUGGAGGGGGGAAAUCUUUACUACCACUCGAAAGUGCGGGUAUAGGUGCAGUAACUUCGGGAACUGUUCUUCAAUCGUCUCCCGGUAAAGUAUUCCUCGGUCAUGAGGGAGGAUUCAUCUCCCUAUGGGAUCUGCAUUCAGAAGAUGGUAUGCCUGCCUGCACUGAAGUUGUCAAAGUGUCUGCGUCAGACGUUCUUUGCUUGGAGGGCGUUUGCGAUCGAUUGUGGGCCGGAGGUAGGAAGGGCCUGAUAUGCACUUAUAAUGUCGAUUUCAAACCAUGGGUUAUCACAAAUAGCUGGAUGGCUCACUCGGACUUACCAGUACAAAAGCUCUUCAUUGACCCAUUUAGCAUAGAGAGAUGCAUUCAGUUGUCGGUGAUAAGUGUAGGUAGGGAUGAGGAAGCACGUUUUUGGGAUGGUCUCCUUGGAAUAAACUGGAUAGAUGCCGAGCUUUCAAAGCGGGAAUCUUCAUUUUCUGUCUUCCGUCCUCUGACAGCCUUAAUCGUAUCGUGGAAUGUUGACGCUGCAAAACCAGAUACGCUCACGGGCUGUCCUGAGAAUGUUAACUUCUUUGAUGAAGUGCUCCAAUCUGUUGAAUCGCCAGACAUCAUCGCGUUUGGUUUCCAGGAGUUAAUAGAUCUAGAGAGCCGUAAGAUGGCGGCGAAGACAGUCUUACUGGGCGGGAAGAAGAAGGCGGCGGAUGGUUCAAUCUCUGAGAAGGUGUCGCGCUCGUAUAAAAUGUGGCACGACCGGCUGAGCUUGGCAGUACGACUUGCCAUGCCUCCGGAUUGUCCAUACACAGUUGUACAUGCGGAGAACCUUGUAGGGCUUUUCAGUUGUAUUUUUAUCAAGUCUUCAGAACGCAGGGGAUUGAAAGACGUCGCAAUUACUACCGUGAAGCGCGGCAUUGGAGGCAUGUAUGGUAAUAAGGGCGGUAUCGUCGCUCGUCUUGUGAUUGACGAUUCGUCUAUUUGUUUUAUCAAUUGCCAUCUGGCGGCGGGCCAACAUCAUAUUCGAGCUCGAAACGCUGAUGUUGCAGCUGUGCUUGACGAGAAGGAAGUAUUUCCAGUAGCGAUCUCAGAUUCCGAGUGCAUCGCAUAUGCUGGUGGUGGGGACGGGACCAUGGUCCUCGACCAUGAAUUUGUUUUUCUUAACGGUGACUUGAAUUACCGAAUUGAGCAACGGCGAGAGGCUGCGAUUGCUGCCGUUCACGCGGGUCAAAUCGAACAACUCCUUGCUCACGACCAGCUCCUCCGAGAAAUGCGUGUUAACCGCAGCUUCCGUUUGCAUACCUUCGUCGAAGCACCAAUCGCCUUUGCCCCGACUUACAAAUACGACCGACGAUCCAAUAAUUAUGACUCCUCUGAGAAGAAUCGCAUACCAGCAUGGUGCGACCGCAUUCUGUACAGAACACGCGAUGCAAAUCGCGUUCAAAACCUGCAUUACCGGCGCUACGAGGCAAACGUGUCUGACCACAGGCCUAUUUCUGCUGCUUUCCGCAUAACAGUCAAGUCUGUAGACCACGCGAAGCGAUCCCGUGCUAAAGCGGAGGUUGAGGAUCUCUGGCUGGAUCAACAGGUAGUAAGACUUUCGGAUGCCCGUACCUUCUAUGUCGAGCAAGCAUUGCUUUGA